AGGACCUCUUGAGUUGAUUGGUUGGACUGGACUGCCGCCAUGGCCUGGACUUCCGUCACCUGGACUGCAUGGCCUGGACUGCCGCAUGCGACAUGGACCCUGGGCCUCGCCACACUCCUGGCGCCCUGCCGACGCGAUCGUGGAUGUGCAGCACGCGAGUUGCGCGGUGCGUCACUUGACCCCCACCUGCGCCGCCACCUGGGGAGAGGUCCAGGAGGACGACCAGCAUGCCUUGGUUGCAGACGAUGACGCUGUGGCGCAGACGUGGCGCGAUUUCUGGGGUGUUGGGAUGCUCAUGGGCGGGGCGACGCUACCGCCGCUGCAAACCUUGCCGAUCUUUGUGGAUUUGAAGAUCGCAAACGAUGCAGCGCUCCCGGGCCUCACCGAGCAAACGCUGCCCAUCGCGCAGACGGCCAUCUUCGUGGGUUGGCUCGUGAGCGCCCUGCUCCUGAACCGCGUGAUGGAGGUCUUCGGCAAGGAGCAGCUGUUGGUGGCUCAUGUGCUGGGGUUCCUCUUGGUCUUCCCAUGUACCGUGGUUGUUCCUUACCUCACAGCUGGCAACUUGGUGGUCUUUACCCUGUUGAGAUUUGCUCAUGGUUUGCUCUUGAACUUCACUGCGCUGCAAUCUAUCUACGUCCAAGAGCGCAUGCCGCCGGGGCGUAAAAACCAAGCCUUGGUGGCCAACAACAUCUUCUACUGUUUGACGGCCAUCGCCAUGGCUGCCAGCUGUCGGGACCUCACGCAGCACAUGGAUUGGCGCAUUGAAGUCUUGCUUUGGUGCUGCUUACCACCCACCUUGGGCGUUUUGGUGGCUUGGCCUCAGUGGUGGAACAUCCUGACCUCCCUACCAGCGGCAGCGCGAAGAGCGCUCUUCGCCAAGCAGACCGGGAAGGUGGCGGUGGUGCCCCUCCCCUCGCCCGAGAGCGAGGUUUUGCCGGAGCCCCAGAAACGCCAGCUGCUGGCCCUGUCCAUUUGCUUCCUAGCCUGUGGCAUGGGCUUUUAUGGCCUCAAUUACAGCGCUGGGCAGCUCAGCCCAGACAUCUAUCUCAGCUGUAUGCUGCUGCAUGGUGCCGACAUUUUGGGCUACCUCUUCGCGUUGACGACGGAUUUCUUGGGUCGAAACACUGUACAGGGUUGCUGCUUCGGUGCUGCAGGGCUUUGCUUGUUGCUGUGCAGCACAGGCGAACUGGGGAGCGCAGCGCCUUUGUGAUGUCUUGUGCCAUGGUGGG